AGGAACUCGCAAGCUGAAGAAUCUGAAUCUCCAAUCGGUGCAUUUUUCGACCCCGAAGUCCACCCACUAUUCCGCCCCAGCUUCGCUUUCUUGAUGUUGAUCAACUACAGCUUACAUAUUAUCCUCCGUUGAACCGGAUCAUAUAAAUUGUGGUCGUAGAACUAGAAAGCUGCAUGAGUGUAGUACGUAGUGUCACUCUGUAGAUACAAAUGAUUGCAAGAAUGUCGCUUGUGGCAUACUCGUGGAGGUAGACCGAGUCGUGUACCACUUACUGUGGCCAAAGAAACCAAACCCGUCUUGUGCCGCGACGCUGCUUGACCAAUAAAGUAGAGGCCUUCACAUGGUAGACGAAAGUGCUGGUGGUCGUUCGACCGACGAGGAUGUUGCGGCGCAGCAGAAGCUGCCGCAGCACCGUGAACAAGAACUGCUCUCAGGCGAGCGAGUACAGGAAGUAGAAGAAGAAGCUUCGUUGCAAGAAGAGGAGGAGCUGUAUGAGCUUGGCCAGGGUGACAAGGAUUUUUCGAAUCACAACGUCCACCUCCUCGUCAUCCAGGCGGACCGAUAUCACUGGGCCGAGAUUUUCCGCGGUACAAAGCUAGCGGAUGGUCGUGGGGUUCACGUCACCCAGUGCGGUUGGGACGAUCUGGAUGUGACUAGCGAGCCCUACGACCACGAGAAUGCGUCAUUCGCAGCCAGCAGAGCCACGUCGUUCCCGCCCACUGGAGCGAUGCAAGGGACAACGACAAACACGACACGUGCCAUUGCACCAAACAAGGGGUUGCUACUGCAUCACACGAAAACGGGGAAAAUGAUUUCUCCUCCGCCCGACUUUGUGUUGAUUCGCAACGAAGUUCGCACGUCGCACGAAGAUCACCGGAACAAGCUGUUCGGGCUUUUCCACUACGGCGGCCUCGAAACUGUGAACAGUCUCCGCUCCGUUUACUCCUUCCUGGAGAGGCCCGUGGUGUUUGGCGAACUUGUGCAGCUCCAACGGAAGGUAACCAGGUGGCAGGCUAUGGUGGCAGAGGCGGGAGGUGAACUCCAGCAAAGUACUUCGUCAACUGGCUUUGUUGGUCCUGGAGGGUCAAAAAACUUUUACAAUGCCUCAAAAACGAGUGCCGCAGCUCAUUCAAAUAGCCCGGGAUUGUCACGCCGGAGCAGCCGACCAAAUUCGCCCGGCUCGACGUUGGAGCAGAACUUCCUCCAGCUCUCGUCGAACAAUAACAGAAGCCUGUCGCCUGAGCCAGUUGUGGGCACCGCAUACUCUUCUCCCGGAUCCGCCCCGGGACAACUCUUCCGCAGCAGUAAAAAUAGUAGCUCUUUUGCUGCAACCAUGACUGCCACUGCCACUUCGGAUCAGAAGCCCGCCGUGGUGAUCAAAACACAGUCUGGCGACACGAUUAUUCGCAUUCCGCCGCAGGAAAAGAUCCGCAAAUCGUUGAUGCGGAAGCAGUAUCAAAUGUAAAAAUGUCUGGGUCUGGAAGAAUGCAGCUUGUCAUGCUAAAUCUGAAACAAGCAAGAAUCUGUGUUGCUGUUGCAUAAUUACCAAAAGUCGCCCAGUUUUGACCAAGUCGGGAGGGGGUUUGUUCUCAUGCAGGAUAGGCAUGAGAGAGGUCGCGCAGAAUCUGUCAUGCUAGGUCCUGCAUUCCAGACCUCAUGGGUCAUGGAAAAGCUGCAUGAAUCUGAGGGGACUAAUCUGAGGGGACUAUUUAUCCCUCUCGGAAUUCGGUCGUGAGGAAGGGUGGCCGGGGUCUUCCUGUCAGCUUCGCUUGCGUCGCGGCAGUGAAGUUUGUGAAAUCGAGGGAAGUGGUUGGCAGAGGAUUUGGGUCGGUGUCUGAAAAGAUCCUUCCCGUUCUCGCCUGCGGAUUUUUGAUCGUUGAUCAUUUUUCUGUAGGUCAAUGCCACCCUCGAUUCUUCACCCCCAGGGGGUUGGGGUCCCCUCUUCCAAUGUGUAUUGGUUGAGGACUGCCCCCUUCAUCCUAAGUGCCAUCAGCCAUGGUAUCUGGAAAAGCUGCAUGACAAGUCGCUCACUCUUCCAGACCCAGACACUUUUACAUUUGAUAAGCAGUUUGAAAGCCUGCAGUUCCGGCACUGCGCGUUCCAGCCGCAUGUCCGGGUCUCCUCCACCACAACGGUGUCGACCUCUACGACCACCACUAACCCCCUCACCGCGCUCGGGGGUCCUCGGGAGAACGUGCAGUUUCUGAAGCAAGAGCAAACCACGCAGACGUCGACGUCCGCAGCUAGUACCGGAACCACAAAUCCAAAUGCUGUUGCCUUCCCUACUACAGCGGGAGGUGGCUUUUUCCAGUCACAAGGAGAACAACAGGGAGAGCAAACUUCUUUCCCUUUGUCUUUUAACCAGCAAGUGCUUGAGGUCGAACACCUGAUCAGCGACGAGGAGCUGCGGGAACUGUAUAAGUGCGGGUUUCCGCUGGUGCAGCAGUCCUUUUUCAGCACGCACCACGCCCGCGGCUUCUUCUACGGCAACGCGUUCCCCGCUGUGGCAAAGAUAGGAGGCGUCCAUGCCGGUGACGGGAAGAUGCUGCUCGAGGACCACCACUCCCUGGAGGAUUUCCGGUCUGUGCUAAAGAUACGAGACUGGACAUAAACUCCACCUUCUGCCCCGCAUUUGAGAGGACGCAUCAAAUAAAGCUGCAGCAGAGACCAGGGCAGAGAAAGAGAUGCAGCCUGCUGUGCAUCACGAGUCUAGGCAUAAAAAAAUCUAGUAUAAUUGUUUGGGGUUCUUCGCAGCAGCUUGAUUCGAUGUAGUGCUGCAAAGCGAUAGCUGAAUGAUCUGGAGGAAAAGGUAAAGUAAUCGCAUUCUUGCAUGAUCCUAGAUUUUGGUUUCCUGCGUGCGCAGCUGCUUGUGGCAACGCGUCAACAAAGGACUUCGAGGAUCUUCGUGGCGCAGUCCUCACUGUCAGUCUCAGUGUCUGGUCCUGGUGUGGGUGUCUGUGCGACUGUUGUAUGCAUGACAAAUAAAAGAAGACGAGAAGAGGGUGGAAAGUAGUUGUGCUCUUUGAUAGAAGAUGUGCGGCGGACACUACUGCACGGUGGAACCGUAUGUUGCCGACACGGCCUUCGAUGUGCGAAUUCAGGUCCUCGAUCAGGGCCGCCACAUCCGUUGCUUCCGCAAAGUUUCUGCGUCCGGGCACUGGAAAGCCAACGUGGGGCUCAGCAAAGUGGUGGAGCUCGGGGUCGUGGGGGCCAGCGAAGAGGUCCUCGCCGCAGGUGGUGGCGCUGCUCGGGCGGAAGUAGAUGACUAUGCGGCGCCGCAGUCGGAAAUCCCGCUCCGCUACCUGGCCUGGGGAAAAUUGGUGGCAACGGAGCUGUUCGGAGGACUGGAUAUCUGCACGAUUGACCUCGUCGUGGGCGAAGAUGACCAGGAAUACAUCCUGGAGGUGAACGGCACCUCGUCCGGCUUUUUUCCGGGGCGCGCAAACGAAGACAACAAGGUUGUGCGGGAUCUCGUAGUGCGACGCAUGAACCAAGUCUUCUGCGGCAAAGAUGAACAGGGCAUGUGGUGAACAGAAUUGCUAGCGCUGCGGUUUGCAUUUGUACUUGUUUGUUUUCUCCCGUUCAUGUUUCUUUCGGGAGAGAAAGUAAUCGAACGACGUGCGAAGAUGCCUGUCUUCAGUCUUUCGCUAUUUUUAGGUACUUGUUAGUGCAUUAUUUGGUGGUUUCAUGUUCAUCAGUAUACAGAAGUUUCUUCAUGUGCUUCACAGAAGCGAAUUCUCGCG